GGGUGGUAUUAAAGGGAAAAGCUGACAGUGCUGCUGAGUGAGGGAACGGGUGCUGCAAGCAGACAGCACACGCACAUCGAUGCACACAGACACUGACAUGGACACGGACACAGAAACCACAGCACUCUGUCCCUCCGGCAGCCACCAGGCUUCCCCGCCAGGGACUCCCAGACCAGAAACAGAUGCCACACUGCUAAAGAAGCCAGAGAAACUGUUGGCAGGGUUGGACCUGGGUGGACCAUCCCCUACUCCAGGGGCCCCCCGAAGAAGAGGCAGUAUGCCUGUGCCCUACAAGCACCAGCUGCGACGGGGCCAGGCUGUAGAUGAACUUGACUGGCCACCUCAAGCCUCGUCCUCUGGCUCUUCUGACUCCUUGGGCUCAGGAGAGGCAGCGCCCACCCAAAAGGAUGCCAUUUUCAAGGUCAUGCUGGUGGGGGAGAGCGGCGUGGGAAAGAGCACGCUGGCAGGCACUUUUGGUGGUCUCCAGGGAGACAGUGCUCAUGAGCCAGAGAACCCAGAGGAUACCUAUGAGAGACGCAUCAUGGUGGAUAAGGAGGAAGUUACUCUAGUUGUUUAUGACAUCUGGGAACAGGGGGAUGCAGGGGGGUGGCUGCGGGACCACUGCCUUCAGACCGGGGAUGCCUUUCUCAUCGUCUUCUCAGUCACUGACCGAAGGAGCUUCUCCAAAGUUCCAGAGACCCUACUUCGCCUCAGGGCUGGGAGGCCCCACCAUGACCUGCCUGUCAUAAUCGUUGGGAACAAGAGCGACCUGGCCCGCUCCCGGGAGGUCUCACUGGAGGAGGGCCGCCACCUGGCAGGGACACUGAGCUGCAAACACAUCGAGACGUCUGCUGCUCUGCACCACAACACGAGGGAGCUCUUCGAAGGCGCUGUGCGCCAGAUCCGGCUGCGGCGGGGUCGGAGCCACCUGGGGGGCCAGCGGCCGGAGUCGGGCAGUCCUGAGGGCCCCGCGCCGCCCACGCGCCGGGAGAGCCUCACCAAGAAGGCGAAGCGCUUCCUUGCCAACCUAGUGCCGCGCAAUGCCAAGUUCUUAAAGCAGCGCUCUAGGUCCUGUCACGACCUUUCCGUGCUCUGAGCUGCGGUCGCCAUGGUCACCGCGGUCGCCAUGGUCACCGCGGCCUCUGUUCGCCCCCUUCGCCCCGCCCCGCCCUGCCCUGUCCGGCUUCCUUUGUGAAGACCGUCUAGAAAACCAAAAACUCCCAGGAUGCCCUGGCGUGCCUGCGGAGGGGGCUGUCCCCCACCCCUGCCACCACGCGUCCUCAAUACCUCUGGGCCCCAGAACGCCUGGAAGCCGGGGACGCAGACCUGUAGGGGGCGGCAGGUCUGGAAGGAAAUAGUUCUGCAAGGUGUUUUGUUUCUUAAUUUGCACCUGACCACCUCUUCUGUAAAGAAGCGGGAACUGGAGAAUUGCUUUGUAGCUCCUUUACAGCUGUCCAUCUUUGUACUCUGCACAAAUAAGCCUCACCUUUAAGAGAUUCAUAAAGGUAAAGACGUGGAUAUCGUUCCCAGAGACUCUGCCCUUAACAUUCCGGCUUUAUCUGCUGUAUCAGUCCACUUUACCUUUAAGAAGUCCUUAAAGUCAAGGGCCUGGAAGUGCCAUUUUUGAGAACUGAUUCUGUGACCUGCCAUUAUACCGUUAUACCACUGCACUUCCCCUUUAAGGUUAUUAAAAGUAAGGUGUGGACAGACUUUCUGCCUUCAGCUGUGCAGAGUGAAGAGCCAGCUGGUGGUAACUCCCCUUUGGCUUGGCCCCGGAGGCACCGCAAGGGGGCCACCCUUACCUUUUCAAUAAAGAAUUUUUCU